GGAUGUAAAAAGACAAGUUUACCUUAAAAGUGACUUUACCCUUAAUAGAUCCUCAUUGAAAGACCUUCUAAAGGAUGUAGAAUACGGAAGAAGGAAAUGAAACACAGAAGGAAAAUUGCUGAUCAUCUGGGCUGUGAUCCUCAAACCCGGUUCUUUGUCCCUCCUAAUAUCAAACAGUGGAUUGCCUUGCUGCAGAGGGGAAAUUGCACAUUUAAAGAGAAAAUAUCACGGGCGGCUUUCCACAAUGCAGUUGCUGUCGUCAUCUACAAUAACAAGUCCAAAGAGGAGCCGGUCACCAUGACUCACCCAGGCACUGGAGAUAUUAUUGCUGUCAUGAUUACAGAGCUGAGGGGUAAGGAUAUUUUGAGUUACCUGGAGAAAAACAUCUCUGUACAAAUGACAAUAGCUGUCGGAACGCGAAUGCCGCCCAAGAACUUCAGCCGAGGCUCUCUCGUCUUCGUGUCAAUAUCCUUCAUCGUGUUGAUGAUUAUUUCUUCAGCGUGGCUCAUAUUCUACUUCAUCCAGAAGAUCAGAUACACAAAUGCACGCGACAGGAACCAGCGUCGUCUUGGAGAUGCAGCCAAGAAAGCCAUCAGCAAAUUGACAACCAGAACAGUGAAGAAGGGUGAUAAGGAAACAGACCCAGACUUCGAUCACUGUGCCGUCUGCAUAGAGAGCUAUAAGCAGAAUGACGUUGUCCGGGUUCUCCCCUGCAAGCAUGUUUUCCACAAGUCCUGUGUGGAUCCCUGGCUUAGUGAACAUUGUACCUGUCCUAUGUGCAAACUGAACAUUUUGAAGGCCCUGGGAAUUGUGCCAAAUUUGCCCUGCACUGAUAACGUAGUGCUCGACAUGGAAAGGCUCACCAGGACCCAGGCAGUGAACCGGAGAUCAGCCCUCGCGGACCUCGCCAACGACAACGCCCUCGGCCUCGAGCCGCUUCGCACGUCGGGGGUCUCGCCUCUUCCCCAGGACGGGGAGCUCACGCCGAGGACGGGAGAGAUCAACAUUGCAGUGACAAAAGAGUGGUUUAUUAUUGCCAGUUUUGGCCUCCUCAGUGCUCUCACACUCUGCUACAUGAUCAUCAGAGCCACAGCUAGCUUGAAUGCUAAUGAGGUAGAAUGGUUUUAAAGAAGAAACAAACUGCUUUCUGACUGAUUGCCUUGAAGGGAAAAAAAGAACCUAUUUUUGUGCAUCAUUUACCAAUCAUGCCACACAAGCAUUUAUUUUUAGUACAUUUUAUUUUUUCAUAAAUUGCUAAUGCCAAAGCUUUGUAUUAAAAUAAAUAAAUAAUAAA